CGGAAACCACAGACUAUUUCGCGGGUCUCAAUCUCAACCACUCUGCAUCUCGUCCUAUACCUAUACCAAAGCCAUCUCAUAUCACGCACGAUCACGAUUUUCCCGUGACCCCGUUGACCGGACGCUUUGACAAGGGCUACUACUUCGCCCACCGUGAGCACAUCGAGAGAAGUCGCGAUAAGCCAACCCAUAGAAGACCAGCUCGUCCAGGGCAUCGUUCACACUUCUCUGAACCGUCCAGAAUGCGCUCUGAUAGCUCGACAUUGUACGCACCGGUCGCUACUCCUGCCAUGUCGUCAGCUGGUCGCCCUCUUUCCCCCCAGCCAUCGCGCGCCCGGGGCGGAAACUCAUCCAAACCAGCCCCAGCCUUUCAUCUGGGAAGUUUGCCACGGUUCCAUCCCGCUGUUUAUCAGUCCUCUGGAACCUCUCAGACCCUAUCUGCGCAGCCUCCAUCACCUCGACAACCCCGACAGCACGGAUACCGUGCGUCAGCCGGCUCUCGCGACUCCAUGUGGCGAGACCUGGCGGAUGGAAACAUUCUUAUCAAAGCCCCCUCGCGCCCACUUUCACCCAGUCCAUCUGCACCACGUCUCGACCCGCUGAACAGCCCUGGACCAGUUACACCUCUCGCACUCGAGGAUGCAGGUGGCUAUCUGGGCUCGGGCACAACCACCGACCCUACUGCCCGCGAGAGCCACUACUCCGGCCCGGCGCCUGAUGCAGUGGAGAAGCUCAUCGCCCGCGAGGCCGAGAGGGCCCGGCAGAAGGCUAGAAAAGGGCUGAAGGGCUACUGAACAGCCACAUCAUCGCGAGAAAUUAAUUCUCUCCUCCAUAUUGCAUUUUCAUUCUCAUUUUAUUUGUUUUCUCGUGUAUUAUGAGAUCAUGCGCCUAUACCCCAUAUCGCCAAACCCAGACAUUUUCAAUUCUUUUCUUUCGGCUACUGUGUUACACACGACAUUUCUCUGGUUUUACCGUUGCCUACAUUUUCUCCUCUCUCGGAGUUAUCUCGAUUUCUCGAGAUAACAUCUACUUCACCUUCAGCUUCACUAUACCGGGGACUGUACAGAAACAGACUGUCUUCCUCGAGCUAGACUGGAAUAGGAAUAGAAAUUGACCGCGAUCAAUGU